AAGAUGUACUAGACGCAGCUCUCAUUCUAUUGUAAAAUACUUUGCAUAUCUACCCCCAUCUUUCUCUUUCUCUUUCUCAUGGAAGAACUCAUCAGUCCUGAAACAACACCAUCAGAUCAAACACUCCCAUACUCAACCCAACCUAAAAUGCACAUCUCAAUUUUCUCUCUCCUCUGUGUCCUCCUCCUCCUAACCCCCAGCACCACCUCAACCGAAAUCCCAGGUCUUGACUCCUUCCUAACUCAACAAUCUCAACUAGACCCUCACGCAACCAACGACACUCUCCUCUUUCUCCCUUCUCACCUCAAAUCUCGUCUCUCAACAAUCAUCCAACCCACCAUUUCUUCUCUUCUCUCUCUCUCUCUUCCUAUCUCCGUCCAUAUCAAACUUGUUGGCCCUUCUUUUACUUCUUCCUCCGCCUCCACUAUCUCCUCUUUCCUCUCUUCUUCUCUUUCCUCCUCUCCUUUCCACGUCAUCACCUCUUCUUCUCACUACACCCAUGUCAUCUCCCUUUCUCACUCUCUCAACCACCAUUCCUCUCUCUCUUCUCCUUCUCUCUCUUCUUCUCUCUCCUCCGCUAUCCGCUCUUCCCUAAACGCCACCGUUUCAUCCCUCCGUGAUUCUCUCUCAUCUGUACCUCACUCCGUCGUUGACCGGAUCAUUGCUGUUGACCACCAGAGGGAGAAGCCACUUCAUGGGUAUACUAUUUAUCUUAUCAAUUUGGGCCCCCAGUCCAAACCCUAUGCUUACACUUACUCUUCCGGGUCUGGGUCGGAUUCUUCUUCGGCUUCUUUUACUAGGUGUUUGGGGUCUACUUGGCAGAGUAAAGAGAGAUAUAUUUGGGUUGAUUUUGCUGCUGGUCCUGUUGAUUAUGGCCCUGCUCUUUCCGGUGAUGGCCUCCUUCCCAGGGGGGAAUUUCACCCGCUUGCUGCCUUCCAUGGCAAGCCCAAGUCUGAUAAGGCUGCUUUGGCUGAUUUAGCUUCCUUGGUUUAUAGUGCUUACCAGGUGCUACUUGUGCCUCCGUUGAGAAUACCUGUCCCUUUUGAGAAUUCACUCGUUGUUCAGUUUAUACAUGUUGUUGAGAGUGAGGUGAAUGAUCAUAAUAGUUAUGGAUUGGAUUGGAAUGUUGUUGAGAAGGCCUUGUUGGAGGAGGGUUUGUUGCUUGGGGAUCAGUCUUUGAGUUUUAAGAAGUAUCAGAUUAAGUACAAGGAGUGUGCUUUGUGCUCUUUUGCUGUCUCCAAGUCGAUUAGCUCGUAUACGAGUAGGUUUCUGUUUGAUAACUAUACUUUGAUUGUGAGCGAGUAUGUUGACUCGAAGAAGUUGCAUCAAAUACUGUCUGAUUCUGCUGAUGAGUUUAAGAGGUUGGCGGGUGUUCAUGAGGAAGAUGAUUUCAAGAGGGUUAUUCCUGUGUAUGUUUUUGAUUUGGAUGAUAGUAUGUUGCUUAUGCUUGAUCGGUUUCAUCAGUCAGUUGCAUUUAAGGAUAUGGUGAUUGCGGUUAGGACAAGGAAUACUCAAACUGUGAGCGAUUAUAGUUGCAAUGGGCGUCAUGUUUUUACUCAAACACGGGAGCUUGAGAGGCCGCUUAUUGGGUCCAUCUUGCAGAGUAUGUGGGGUGUAUCUCCUACCCAUAUGAUAUGGAGCUCCAAGCAUAAUACCACUUUGGUUGAUUAUACGUGGAGUGUUGGGCAUACUCCAUUUGGACCGUUCUCGGAGGUUUCUUCCUUGUCAUUUGUGCAGAAGGAUGCUGCUCGAAGGAAUGUCCUUUUGACCACGUUGAAUUAUACUAUUUCGAGUGCCAUCGAAGUUCUUGAAUCUAUUAAGGCACAUGGUGGGUAUCAAAAAAUUUUAAAGGGGCACCAAAUUACUGAGUUUUCACAGAGGUGGUUUCUGUUUAAGUAUAAGCUGGACAAGAUGAUUUAUAGUUUAUCCCAUUUGGAAUUUGAGCUGGCCUUGUAUUACUUGAGAUCGUCUGAACAUGACCUGUAUGCCAUGCACUCUGUCAUCUAUCGUGCAUCACAGGAUUUGGAGGCUUCACUAGCCUGUUUCACAGAUCCACCGGUUCCAUGGGCUUCCGUGUCUAUGUCAGUUGCAAUUUUCUUCCUUCUUUGUUAUGUUUAUGUAAAAAGGGACAAGUUCUUUACAAACAAAAGUAAGCAGUUUUGAAGGUUCAAAAGGGGAUCGUAACAUUUAACUUGAAGAACCCAUGUAUCUUUUAUAGGAAGCAGGCUACCAGGUUAGAAAUCAUUACUUAUAGACCUGUAUUUUAUUUUUAACAAUUCCCUUUACUGGCAAUGAUUACCAAGAAAAAUCACAUCUCAGGUCUGAUAUAUGCAUUAGUUUGUCUCCGAAUUUUGCUUCUUGUGCUGAGGCUUGAAUAUUAUCACGAUGAGUUAGGCUGUCAUAAGCCCAUAUGUUAAUCUAAAUUCUAUAUUCUACUGUUGAUUCUCA